AAAAAUCCUGCAGGAUGUUACCCCUCUUCUUUGCACAGAAGCACCCAGCUGCCUUGCUGCUCUCAGCUGCUAGUUCCUGCAUGGAGGUAACCGAUUUGGAGAGGCAAAUCUGGGACCCUGGGAGCAGGAAGGCUCCGUGCCGGCUGCUCGCAAUGCCCACUGUUGCCUUCCACAGCAUGACAGAGGGAACAAAACCCCACCAAAGGACCACGGCUGCCUUCCCCAGGCCCCUGCCAUCGUGUAGUGGACAGGGCUGCCGGAGGAUGGAGUGGGGAAGCAUGCCAGAAAUGCCAAGAAGCUUUCAGCAAAGCAAAGGCCACAGGGAUUUACAGGCCAGCACUCCAGGUGGGAUCCAGGCACCUUCUCCAGUACGUCACGAAAAGGUUUCAAGGACCUGAUUUUAUAGAUACCUAAAUAAAUACAUUGGAAUUGAUAUAUAAAACCACAGUGUAUAUUUAUGUAUUUUGCAGAGGGGGAGGGAUGUAAUUAGAUGGCAGCCUCUCUCAAGGCUGUCCCCGCUGUAAUUCACGCCCCGAGGCGGCUGGCUGAAGGGAGGAGGAGGAAUAAAGCAGGCAGCAGAAUUGAUGGGCUGCUCCCAGAAGCUUUGUUUUAAUUAAUUUGCAAAGCACUCCUUGUAGCAGAGCAGGCAGCUCCUUCAAAGCCUCCUUCCACCCACUGCUGCCCAUGCUCAUGUCAGCCCGGGGUCUGGGCCAGGGGGGUGAGCCCGGGAGCCCGCCCUGCUUCUGUGAGCCCCCAGGCUUUUUGGUUAAAGUGUGCAGAAGCUGUUGCUGGCUUUAGACAGGGGGACUUUUCCCUGGCCAAGAAGCCUCUUGGAUGACCGCAGCAUGGGCAGGCACUUCUAUUAGGGUUUUUCCUCUUCCCCUUUUUAUUGACUUGCUGCUUGUUCCUGCUGCCAGGGGUCAGCUGGGGCUUUGGCUGGACUUUGCUGAAAGUCCACCCAAAACGGCCGGUUACCAGGUGCUGACGCAGUGCCCCUGCCCCUAAGAUAUAACAGUUUGAAAACCGGGUUUGCAGCCCAGUCGGGUGCACGGUGGCGGGGCUGGAAAGGGGCUGGGGCUGUGUCAGCUCCAAAGCUCUUCCCAAGCAAGCAGGUUUGUGAAAUUAAACUGCUUUUGGUGGAUUUAGCAAGGUGAGGGCAGCAACAGCAGUUCAGUGGUGAAUUUGAGGGCGACUUGGCUGACAUGGAGGGCCCUGUCCCCAGCCAGGACACCGUGCCGACCGUCACAGAGCCCUCCAACGCCAUCAAAGUGCUGCACCUGGUUUUCCUCUCCACCUCCUGGGGAAUGCAGAUCUGGAUGACCUUCGUGGCCGGGUUUGUGAUGGGCAGCCACCUCCCUCGCCACACCUUCGGCUUCAUCCAGCGCCAGCUCUUCCCCUACUACUUCCACAUUGUCUCCGCUUGUGCUUUCUUCAACCUGACUCUGUUUGCCAUGUACCACCCCAGUGAGCUGCUCAGUGAUGAACAAACGACCCAGAUCAUCGCCUUCUUCAUUUGCGUCGCCGCUUCCGUGCUGAACACACAGUGGUUUGGGCAGGUCACCUCUGACAUCGUGGCGGACAUGCACCUUGUGGAGCGCAGCCAUGGCCUGGGCCAGGAGGUUGGACUGUUCACCAGGCAGUCCCACAGGCAGCUGUGUGCCUCCAACACCAGCUACCGGCAGCUGACCCGGCAGUUUACCCUCUACCAUGCUCUGUCCUCCCUCUGCAACCUCUGCUGCAUUGCGUGCAACGGCCUGAGCUUGUACUACGUGGCUGCUCGUCUCCCUGCCCUGUGAGAGCGGGACGCCGGCGAGGAGAAGGCUGGCUGGCCAGAACCUGCACUCUGGGAAAUGGGAGCCAGCCUGCUGCCUUGCUGUAAAGUUAACCCAGAGCUUUGGAGAUUAAAUUUCAGCAUCCUCAGAUGGAGAUACUUUUACUGUAUUCGUGCAUGGCACAGAAAUUUAGCAAUAGCGAAAUGGAAAUGAUUUCUCUAAAGCGCUCUUAGCCAGCCUCCAUGAUCUAAGGAGUGUUUAUGGCUGAACAGCUUCUUAAUGCCCUGUGCGCUAGAUGUGUCUAAAACUGCAGUAUAUUUCUGCAGUCACAGAGAGAUUGCAGUAGAGAAAGAAAUGAGAGAUUCAGAAUUACUUCUAAUUAAAUGCUGAAAGCUAAUACUGAAGUGCAGAAGAGCCUGUAUGGCAGCU